AUGCCUCCACAGUCUCGAGAUAAAUACACGCAUUCCGCCCUUCCACCAAGCUCCACCCACGACACCUUCUCCGCCGGCGUGACUGCCCUCUAUCAUGUGAAGCAUGUCGCCCACCAGGGAUUCCGCCACGACGACGGGUACGAUUCUCGACACACGACGUCGCACUCCUUCGUUGGAUGGGCGCCGUGGAUCGGCAUCUGCCUCGCCAUCUGGACGAUGGCGUUGAUCAUCGCCGAAGUGAUUCCGUUUUUCAACGACUUGCUGGGCGUCAUUGGCUCGAUGUUCGCGCGCUGGUUCAUUUACGGCAUCACAGGCGUACUUUGGUUCCACUGA